UCAACCGAAGCAUUGAUGCAAUUAUAAUUGCAUGAAAAAGGAAUAAUCUAAUUUUUCCAUCAUAUUAAAUUAUACUAAUACUAAUACUAAUACUAAUCUCUCUAUAAUUCCACUCCUCAAUCUCAAUAUUCAUUUCACCUCUUGCAUCUGGAGUCUCUCUUUCCUGCGUGAUCGCUGAUUGAAUUGUUUCAGUUUUGCGGUUUCGAGGCGUUUGAUCUAGGUUUUGAGUACGAUAUUCUCACAUCACAUAUGAGUUUUCAGGAUAUCGAAGCGGGUAAGGCAGCCGCCGGGCCUCGGAGGGGGCUUGGGCGGCAGGAUUCCACGCAGGCGGUGGCGUCUGGGAUUUUUCAGAUCAACACAGCAGUGUCCACCUUCCAGCGCCUCGUUAACGCCAUCGGCACCCCCAAGGACACGCCGGAGCUCCGUGAAAAACUUCAUAAAACUCGGAUGCACAUUGGACAGCUGGUAAAAGAUACUUCAGCUAAACUUAAGCAAGCUAGUGAAACCGAUCAUCGUGCUGAUGUCAGUCAAAGUAAGAAAAUCACAGAUGCUAAACUUGCGAAAGACUUUCAAGCCGUUCUAAAGGAGUUUCAGAAGGCUCAGCGGCUUUCAGCUGAGAGGGAGACAUCAUAUACUCCUUUUGUUUCCCAAGCAGUGCUUCCUUCUAGCUAUACCGCAAGCGAGAUAGAUGGAAGUGCAGACAAGACCCCAGAACAACGAGCUUUUCUUGUGGAAUCUAGAAGACAGGAGGUUGUGCUAUUGGAUAAUGAGAUUGCUUUUAAUGAGGCCAUUAUAGAGGAGCGAGAUCAGGGUAUACAAGAAAUACAGAAUCAAAUUGGUGAAGUAAAUGAGAUUUUCAAGGACCUUGCUGUACUUGUUCACGAACAAGGGACAAUGAUUGAUGAUAUUGGCUCCAACAUUGAGGGUUCACAUGCUGCAACUGCUCAGGCCAAAUCACAACUUAUCAAAGCAGCUAAGACCCAACGGUCGAAUUCAUCACUGGCUUGCUUGUUGCUCGUGAUUUUUGGAAUCGUGCUUCUCAUAGUAAUUAUAGUACUUGCUGUCUGAUCAGAAGCUGAAAGACCAGAGAGCAUGAAAGUGAGGAAGGAUGUGAGCUUCACAUUUAAUUAGCUUCCAUCUUCUGAUUUUGAUGGUUUUAUGGUGUGCUUCACUGUCAUGAGAUUCUCUGUAUUACUCGUCUUACAAAGCUUCUUACUGUACUUAGCUGAUAUACAUUUCAGCAACUACAAUGAACACUAAUAAUAAUUAUUAAUAAUAAUAAUUCUAUUAUUAUUAUGUUCA